GUCUGCUUAUAAAAGGCGAUAGGUGGUUCCAGAAAAAUUGCAGAAAACCAGCCCUCCAGCAACUGAACCAGAUUCGUUUUACAUUGCUCCACCGCCGAAAUGAAGCCUCUUGUCAUCUCCGUACUGCUUUUGGCUUGUGGAUUGGCUCUUGUGACCUGCUCACCUGCUCAGUUCAACGAGCUGAUCCAGCUCAGCACCAUCACCUACGGCCUGGCUAACUUCACCAACUAUGGGUGCCACUGUGGAGCUGGGACUCAAGGCCUUCCCGUAGAUGCUAUCGACAGGUGCUGCCACAGCCAUGACUGUUGUUACAACAAGGUGGAGAUGUACGGCUGCAACCCCAAAGUCCUUACCUACAGGUUCUACGCCCAGGGAGAUAAAAUCAAGUGCGUCAAGUCAAGGGACCGCUGUGAGAAAAUGGUGUGUGAGUGUGACCAGAAAGCUGCCAGUUGCUUCCAGAAACAUCUUUUCAGCUACAGCCCUCAAUUCAGAAACCUUCCAGUGGCCAGCUGCAGGGCCCAGCGGCCGUUCUGUUGAAGCUCGUUUCGAAGCAGCCACUGUCCCCGUCGAAGUUCUGUCUGCUUUCUCUGCAAAAUGGAACCGCACGGGGAGGAGACCAAAGCUCUCUUUAUAAGGAAUAAGAAAAGCCAAUGAUAUAUGCAUUAACCUAGGGCAAAAUAAAUACGUCAUCAACCUA